CACUGUUACGUCCCCUAACUCCUUUCAGCUCUCUCGUGCCCUUCUUCCUCUUCGAUCCGAAGCCCACCACCCAAACCCAUCGCCUUCAACGCCUAUAGAUCUCCCUUUCUCAGCCUCACUCCACGCCUUCUCCCAAAUUUCCCUAAACUUUUGAUCGAUUUUUUUACCUCCUUUCUCUUCUCAGCUUUCCGCAAUUGCUUCUCUAGGGUUUCUCCGAGGCAACGGAUUUUCCAGUUUCAUCUGGCCCUUCAAUUGGAUUGAAUGACCGUGUGGCGGCAACUAGGCCAUGACUUCAAGCAUGUUGAGUGGGGAGCGGAGAUGGGCCUCUUCCAGAAGAGGUGGUAUGACUGUCUUAGGGAAAGUUGCGGUUCCAAAACCUAUCAACUUACCCAGUCAGAGGUUAGAAAAUCGUGGUCUGGACCCAAAUGUGGAGAUUGUUCCCAAGGGUACUCUCAGCUGGGGUAGUAAAUCAUCGACUUCUGCAUCUAAUGCGUGGGGGUCUUCUUCUUUGUCCCCAAAUACUGAUGGUGGUACUAGUUCGCCUAGUCAUCAUAGUGCCCGUCCGUCAUCUGGUGGAAGCGGUACACGGCCUUCUACUGCUGGUAGUGAUAGGGUUCUUGAGCCUACUUCUAAUUCAUGGGGUUCAAAUUCUCGGCCUUCAUCAGCAUCUGGGGCAAUGUCAACAAAUCAGUCUUCACUGACAUCAUUGCGUCCUCGUAGUGCAGAAACAAGACCUGGUAGCUCGCAGCUGUCUCGAUUUGCUGAACCCUUGACUGAAAAUUCAGGUGCCUGGAAUGCUGCUAGGACUACAGAAAAACUGGGAGUUGCACAGCCCAAGGGUGAUGAAUUUUCUCUGAGCUCUGGAGACUUUCCAACCCUUGGUUCUGAUAAAGAAAAGUCUAUCCUGAAUUCUGAGUUGCAAGACCACAGUUCUCAAGCUCGCCCUGGCUCAUCUUCUGGACUCAGGAAAGAGAUAAAUGAAACCUGUGUUAUUGAUGAUGUUCCUGUAAAUGCAAAUAUAAAGGGUGGAACUGUAAAUUCAUGGAGGAGAGAUUAUCAGGCUUAUAAUGAGGAAGGUGUGAGGCCAGGCAUAGAGAAAUGGCAGGGAAAUUCCCAGCCUUAUCCUAAUGCUGGUGUUCCUCCUCAACACUAUGAUGCUUGGCAUGGUCCUCCAGUUAAUAACCCUCAGGGCUGUGUUUGGUUCAGGGGUCCUCCUAGUGGUCCCCCAUUUGGAAAUCCUGUAGCACCAAGUGGCUUUCCAAUUGAACCAUUUCCAUAUUACCGUCCCCACAUGCCCCCUACUGGUCUUGCCAACCCACCGCCACCAGGUCCCCCUCCUGGGCCUGGACCAAGAGGGAACCAUAAGAAUGGAGAUGUCUACAGGCCUCACAUGCCUGAUGCCUUUAUUCGCCCAGGCCUGCCUAUGAGACCUGGCUUUUAUCCUGGUUCAAUGGCCUAUGAGGGAUAUUAUGGUCCUCCAAUGGGCUACUGCAAUUCAAAUGAUCGAGAUGUUCCUUUCAUGGGAAUGGCUGCUGGACCCCCUGUCUAUAAUAGGUACUCAAAUCAAAACCCCCCUGAACCUGGUAAUUCACAAGGUAGAUCUGGUGGAUAUGGUAAUGCUGGGAAGCAGUUGCCCUCAGAGCAAGUGGAAUCCAGUCAUCCUCCUGACACUGCUGGACCAUACAGAGUUCUUCUUAAGCAGCAUAAUCCAGAUGGGAAAAAUGAAACAACGAAUUGGGAGGAUUCAGAGACAACAAAUGUAUCAUAUGUUGAUGGCAAGGGCCAAUCAAGAAUGUCUGUUUGGGAGAAUGAGCAGAGAUCAGAUUACAGAAAGAAGGAGAUGGAUUUAAGGACAAGUGCUCAUGGUGAAGAAGUUUCUUCUCAGACUACAGAAAAUCGAGUGUCUAGUUCUUCUGUCAUUAAAGCCAAAUUUCCUGAGAGUUCAGGAAAUAUUAAAGGAUCUGAUGAUAUUUCAGCAAGGAAAUUGGAUGGUACGGCCUUUGAUAUGCUAGAAAUCCCCCCAAGAUCAUCUGCUCCAAAAGAUGCCAGUUUGAUUCAAAAGAUAGAGGGUUUAAAUGCAAAAGCCAGGGAUAAUUCGUCUGCUAGGAUUAGAGAGGAGCAAAGGAAUAAAUAUCAUGCUGGUAAUGCUCCAAUAAACCAUGUGGAAAAUGUAGUUGGUGCUGAUGUUGUGUUUCCAGCAAGAACUCAUGCUGCAGAAGUCUUGCAUCCAGCCCAUCGAGAAGUGGGUGGUGCUGAAAAGAAUUUUGAAUCCAUGCCUUUCAGUGGAACAGCCACAUCCAGGCAAGCUGCUCAUGGAAUGCAAGGUAGAGGUGACCAUCGAAACAAGGGAAGAUCAAACGAUCAAGAUGCUGAUGGUUGGCGAAAGAGAUCCAUGGUUGAAGAUUCUUCUGCUUCAUCAGGUGCACAGUUGGAGGCAUCUAAUCUUCUUGUGGGUGACCAUCGAAUAUCUGUUGAGACCUAUGAUAGGUCUGGGUCCUAUAUUCAAGCAAGGCAUAUUGGAGAACAUGUUCAAACCAGGUCUGAUCCUCCUGAGAACCAUGCAAAGCGUGCCAAAAUGAAAGAGCUAGCCAAGCAACGGACUAAGCAACUGCAGGAAGAAGAGGAGGAGCGGACAAGAAAGCAAAAGGCAAAAGCUCUUGCAAAGUUGGAUGAGUUAAACAGGCGUUCUCAAGCAGGAGAGGAGUCAACUCAGAAAGAGUUUGCUACAAGUUCUGUCAUCCAGGAUAAUCAAGAGAAAUUACAACCUUUUGACUCAACAACUUCAGCAGGGAAAUUUGGAGUUGUCAGUUCAGCUUUAUAUGGUAAUGCCAAUAUUGUCUGUCAGAUUAAUGACCCCAACAUUAGUAAAUUGGAAAAACUGCCAAUCUUCUCCAGUGAGGCACCUGUAGAGACACAUAAGAUUUCUGGAAAAGAACCUGUUCUGAAUCAUAUUCAAUCAGUGAUGGUGCACCAGGAUGUCAAUAGUGCCGAUGCGUCUAAUGUGUCGCAGGUUCACAACAAUAUUGCCUCAAAACAGAAGCGAAUGAGCUAUAAACAAAAGCAAAAUCUUCCUUUAGAGAAAAUAUCAAGUGAAAAGGUUGUUUCUAUUACCUCGACUGCCCCAAAAGCCGAGAAUGAGACAGUGGUUGAUGUUUCUCUAUCUUCUGGCAUUGUUACCCCCGAAGUUGGUUCGGCCUGUGGCUCUGAUUUACCUGUGAAUUCUGCUGCUGUAGGUGAGUCUUCAGCAAACCUUAAAAAGAAGAAUAACAGGAAUGGCAAAAACAAACAGAAAUUUGAUGAAAGUUCAUCUUCAGCUGCAGUACCAUUGGCAAUAUCAAAAGAAGCCAAUCUUUCCAAAAGUUCAGUUGAAAAUGAUAACUUCAAGGCUUCUGAUUUUGAUUUAGAUCAGGGCUCACUUCAGCCAGCAACCUUGUCUAAAGAUCCGAAUCAGUUUUCAGAGCAACACAGAUAUUUAGCAAAUGAAGAAUCCCAUGGUAGAAUGAAUAGCCAGUGGAAAUCACAGAACUCUCGUAGGAUGCCAAGAAAUAUGCAGGCCAAUAGAACAGCAGAGAAAUCCCAUGGGAGUGAUGCUGUGAUGUGGGCUCCUGUUAAACCACAGAACAAGACGGAGGUUGUGGAUGAAUCAAGUGAGAAAAGUAAAUUUGAAGCAGUUAAUCCUUUAAAGAGUGACCAGCAGGUGCAUAAUUUAAAAAAUAAGAGGGCAGAAAUGGAGAGAUAUAUUCCAAAACCUGUUGCAAAAGAAAUGGCUCAGCAAGGAAACAUACAACAACAGUUGGUUUCAUCUAUCAAUCAAUCUCCUACUAAUGAUAGUAUUGGAAGAGUUGAUUCUGGAUUGCAGGGUGCUCAGAUUGCUCAGCAUACUAAUUUAGUUAUUGGAAAAGUGGGUUCUGGAAUGGAGUCCAAAAGUAGGGAUGGCAGGCAUACUAAGCAGGGAAAAGCUCAUGGAUCAUGGCGGCAAAGAAAUGUAACUGAAUCAACUAAUGCACAUGAUGGACUGGACCAUGAUUCAAACUCUGAACCAAGUAUUCAGAGACGAACAGAGCAUCAUCAUGAGCAGAAGUCUGAAAUAAGUUUUGUGAAAGGGCAAACAAAACAUUUAAAUGACUCUGGUGAUAUUGAUUGUUCAAACAAUUCCAACAACAGUGAUUCAGCUGCUCCAGUUUCAGUUCCUGUUACUAAAGAUCAUGCAGCUGCAGGCAGAGGGAGACGGGCCCCUUUCAGAGGACACAAGGGUGUAGCAGGGAACCGCGAUGUUGAUAACAAAAAAAUUUCUGGGGAGACAGAGAAAAUUGAAACACGUGUCUCAUCCUCUGAGCAUGGUCAACCAGAUGUUGUCGCAGCUAAAGAAAAUCGAGUUGUUGGCGAACGGUUGACAUCUCAAUGGCAACCCAAAUCUCAACCAUCCACUAAUCAGAGAGGAAACACCCCAAGUGAUCAAAAUGUUAGCUCAGUGGUUGUUGGAGCUAACAAAAAUGAUUCCACUCAUGAUGGUGAAUCUCUUCCAGCGAGCCGUGGCAAGAGUUCUAAUGCUCAUGUAGCCCAACCUCUCCAUGAUCAAUCAGUCUCUGAAAAGAGCCAAGUCGGAGAAGCUCCACAUUUUGGGAAUCAAGAGGCUAAAAGAGAGAGGAGAAAUGCUCCAGCAAAAAGGCGUCCCCACUCUCCAAAUCAGGUAUCUGUUAUAUCAGUUGAGCAGGCUCCAACAAAUAUGGAUCUUUUGCAUGAGCAACGCCCAUCAUCUGGGUCUGGCAAAAAUGGAAACCAAAAUCGGUUUCGAAGAGGACAUGAAUCACAUGGAGAUUCGAAACCACCUACCCAAGAUAACAGACAUUAUAACCAACCUACAAACCGAGAAAGGCAGGGCUCAAACUUGCAUUAUGAAUAUCACCCUGUUGGGCCAUAUGAAGACAGCAAAUUGGACAACUUUGAACGACCCAAAAAUGGUAACCAUGGUGGGGGGAGAUAUAGAGAAAGAGGUCAAACUCAUUCACGCCGAGGUGGGGGAAAUUCUUACGGACGCUAGGGUGGUGUUGAUUAGAUGCUGUGUUAGUAAUGGAGAGACUUUCUCGAGGUGGUUUUUUGUCUUCUAUCAGAAGCCAUACAUCCAUUAACUGUCCUGCUAUAUUCAGCAGUGUUUCAGGUACAUGCAGUCUAGGUUCCAGAUUCGUUCAAAUUUUAAUUGUAAAUGUAGCCACAUGAAUUAUCUUCUGAUGGUCGGUAUGUAUUCAGCAGGGCCGAGAGCUAUGAAGAUGGUGCUCCCGAUUUUUUGGGGGGCUGGGGGCAGAAAAGGGUUUCAUGGAUAGUACAGUGGUUGACUGGUUGAUUGUUAUUUUUCUGGUGUAUCUGAUUGAAAAUAGUAAUUUGAUGGCAUCUUGUUUCUUAAUGGAAGUAUGGAAUAUUUGACUUGUUUCAACUAGUCCAGUGCUAGGCGUAGCAAGGAUGCUAAAGAAAAUGUGUUCCACGGUGCACUUUUCCUCGUAUUUUUGCUGGAAAAUAUAUGAAAUGUGCUCAAGCGUUUGCGCAGUG